GGCUAGAGCGAGUGGGCGGGGACAGCGAUAAAUUGCCCUAAAAGCUAGUCAAUAGUCAGGGCUAAAGUUAGAGGGCAGGAGGCAGGUGAGGUGUGGAGCUGCUCCAGGUAUUCUUCUGUGAGCUAUUCUGAAACCAUGUUUUGUUGAAGCUGCUGCCUUGGUGAAGAACUGAGCCACACAUUUGACUUGUCAUCUUUCAUGUUAAGUACUUUUGCCAGUGAACAUGGCAUCUGAAAGAAACUCUCUUUUGAGAUGGACGGACGGGAGUGUCCACGACUGUCAGACAGACAGAUGUCCCUUCACCGAAGUAUACAGACUAGCAGGAACCGACCCCCGGAGUUGGCUGGACCCUGAGCUUCACAUGUGUCCAUCAGCUGGAGGCCCCAUGCCACGUGGGCCUGUGGAAGUGCAACUGGAACAUUUCAUAUCAAAGAACAAAUUAUCAAGCAGCACUGCUGUGACUGACAAGGAUAUUGACAAACUCAAGAUGGACAUCAACAAGCAAAACCUGGGUCCCCAGAAGCACAGGCGUGUGGCAGCAAACGCGAGGGAGAGGAGGAGGAUGCAUGGCUUGAACCGAGCCUUUGACAGGCUCAGGAGUGUCAUACCCUCCCUAGACAACGAGAAAAAGCUGUCCAAGUAUGACACUCUUCAGAUGGCUCAAAUAUAUAUCACAGAGCUGUCGGAGCUUCUCGAAGGUGUUGGCCAACAGGAGCACGGGAGGGCAGUGGACGGCAUCCUCGGGACCCAGACGAACAUGGCUGAUCUGCAGUCCUGUUUACCAGGAAGUAUGCUGAGCAACAGCACUGGCCAUGUGCUGGACUCACACACUCCGGACAGGAUGUUUGGCCAGCCUCCAGAUGAGAGCGCCUCAGUUGGACACGUGAUCAUACUGUCAACCCCGAAAUCCGACUUGGGAAUGGGCACCAAGAAGGUGACCUCUUCUAAUGGAAGCGAUGGAGAGUCUUCACAUUUCAGUGACUGUGAGGAUGGUCACACAGAGAGGCGCUGA